AAAGAAGCUGCGUUUUUUAAUUUUGUUUCCUUUGUUGCUGAGUUUUUUUCCUCUCUCAUCUGCGCUGCGCACCCAUUCUGCUGCUUGCUCGAAGAGCUUCCGAGUGCAAGUUUAUCGAUGGAUGCAUCUCGGAUCGAUAUAUUUGAGAUUUAUAGAAGAUUCUCCGAUAUAAAAUCAGGACAUGGAUUUGUUGUUGGAGAUGAAGGGUACAGGCAGGACAGUGACAUUCAGAAAGCUAAGCUUUCAAGGGAGGCAUUGACACAGCUCUCCAAGUUGGUUGAGUCCAGAGUUAGUACAGGGGCAACAAUUUUUGAUGAACUUUCAAUCCUCAUGUCACGGUUGGAGUUGGUGGCAGACUUUUCAGAAUUCACUCGGUUCUAUGAUUUUGUUUUCUUCAUGUGUCGCGAGAAUGGUCAAAAGAAUAUUUCUGUAAGCAGGGCAGUAACUGCUUGGAAAUUAGUUCUUGCUGGGCGCUUUCCACUGAUUCAUCAAUGGUGUGACUUUGUUAAGAAAAAUCAACGGUACAACAUCUCCGAGGAUACUUGGCAGCAGGUUCUAGCUUUUAGCUGGUGUACACGCGAUAAUCUGGACGGGUAUGAUCCUGAAGGUGCUUGGCCUGUUUUAAUAGAUGAUUUUGUUGAGCAUAUGUACAGUAUAUUACCCUGCAGUAUAUCAGGAUCAUGCUAUGAUAAUUCCAGCUUUCGUUGUAACUGUGGUGAUCCAGAAUCCAAGCCAUGUGUUUUCAAGGACACACUUCCUGAACUAAGAAGUAUUUCCAGCCUGAAGCGGAAAUUACCUGAGGACACAGGGAAAAGUAAUAUGGAGUAUUCAAAUAUGUCUGAGGACUUGGUUUCUUCAAACUGUAAAAGAAGUAGAGCUCAUGAUACAGUGGAUUGGGAGGACAAUCGGCCAGGGAAUACAACAGAGGACUGUAUGGAAACGAGUAGACAAAACAGUCCCUUGUGCUCAUCUAAGUCCCCGUGUGCUGUUGAAGGUUGUCUCUUCUUUUAGAUGAAGCACCAUUAUAAAGGUAUAUAAAUUUAUCUUUUGCUAAUUGCUAUCUGUUGUUUGCACGGGAUAGAAAUAUUUAACUUAAGGUUGUUCCUGUAGUUGUGUGGCUUAGUAAGUUGUGCUGGCGAGUGUUAAUUGAUGAUCCAUUGCCUUUGGUAAAAUCAAUAAAAUGUCUUGUGUUUUAUUUCUCUAUAUUGUUUCAUGUAUUGAAUAUUGAUGAUAAAUAUAAAUCAGUAAACUGAUUAUGAUGAUUUUGAUUUUA